AUGAGGAUAUGGGACAGGAACGGGGACGAGGAUGAGGACGGGCCGCAGGAAAGGCCGAAUUACGCGCGGAAAGCCACACGUGCGCUGCACGCAUUCCGGCGGACAGAUGCGACGCGCUGCGGCAGCGGCGUCGAUGGCACCGCUCGGAGACCACAGGAGCACGGGACAAAGGGGCGAGAGGGAGCUGGAGAAGAGGGCUCGGCGGCGCACGCGGCGGGGAGGGGCGGGGGGGAGGCGGCCCUCCGAGGAGGCCGGGGUGGGGGAGAAGCUGCCCCCGAGCGGACUGGCGGCUCGAUGGAGUGGACGAGGGCGAAACGCAGAGUGCGAGCCCGUGCUCGAGCCCACGAUGUCUAGUAUCAGUGGCAGAAACGGGCCACCGUGAUCGGCCGCGCAGCGGGGAGCGCGA